AUGCACGGAACAAGUAGCUCGUGCUCAGAUAUGAACCCGAGACGAGCAAGAUGGACACAAAAGGAAAAAGCCCCGGCAACCAGUGAGUGAGUGAGAUGAGAUCCCGAACAAAACGCCCAUGUGGAAGAGAUCUGCUGAAAGAAAUAAAGCAACAACGUCAAUGAACACAAGCUUAGAUGGUCUUUGCCACUGUAUGUCUUAGGGCUAAAUGCAAAUCUGGCCACAUCAAGGCCAACUGAAGAAAAAUACCAAGGAUCAAAGACUCUAGUGAAAGCACAGAACCAUCCCAGAUCAUGAUAAUUGGAGGACAAGAUGGGACGAGAGGAAACAUGAUCACAAAGACAGAUGUCACCUUGCUCGAUUUCAAGAAUCAGAAAUAUUGCCCACACCCUCCUCAAUUGCCCUCUCCUAUUUACGGGGCUCCUAGUCUUUUGGUCGGUAAUAAACUCUGGCUUCUUGGUGGAUUCGACGGGAGUAACCGUGUGAAUAUGCAUAUUACCGAAUUCGACUUCAAAACUCUGACGUGGGGAAGUGCCGGAGAAUUUCCCGAAAAAUGGACAGACUUCACUAGCGCCCAAAUUCGGGACUCAUGGGUGUUUGUAAUGGGCGGCAGGAGAGGCUCCGACUUUGCAAGUGCACGCACGAUGGUUAUCUUUGCCAAUGGAACACAAGUAGAUGGACCAUCCCUACCAAUAGGAGCGUACGGGCCUUGUGGCGGGGGUUUAGACGAGGAUCAUAUCAUUUUGGUGGGCGGCAUCUUCGAAGGAAAUGGAAAAGAAACGCAUAUCUUGCAUUGGCCUAGUCAGCAAUGGGAGCGGAAGGCUGAUACUUCUCGCCGUACUUAUAGUGCGGCUUGUGAGCGGUUCACCAACAAGCAUGGUCAAAUCAGCUUUAUGGUUGUGGCAUCAACUUCUGAUAAACCGUAUAUCUACACUUGGGCAACCGAUACGUGGCAUUUUGGAGAAGCUUUUGCCACCAGUCUCUACAAAUCUUUCUUGUUUGAUUUUGAUGGGAAACUUUAUACCAGUGGAGGAUCUUUGCCCACUUGGAAUCAAGAUGUUGUUGCUGACAUUUUUGCAUUCAACCCUGAGAAUGAAAGAAACAUGGAGUCAAUACCCAAUAGAUCUGAAGAUGCCAAGGCGGGAGCAUUCGAUCCUCAAAGUACCUCCGGGAAUUUUUGAGUGCUGAUCUUAACCUUCGAACAAGCUAAAGGCUUAAUGUGCAUUGUUUUCAAGUGCAGAAUAACUGAAGGACAAGUGUUCAAUUGCAUGUACCGAAUUGAUGUGUUAAUAAAGUAAUAAAUGUUAAACUCUCAACCUUUUC